GGCCCGGAGGCGGCGCGGCCCGGAGCUGGCGGUUUACAAUGAAAACGUAAAGAUUUGUGGAAGCUGUUUCGGAGCAGCCGGUGCCAGCUGCGUUCGCGGCCGCGCAGAAGCAGCCUACUAAAGCAGAUAGACCCGUUCAGCUGUCAAGGUUUGGACCAUGGGAGAACAGCUGUUAAACAACAGCAUCCUUGAUCAAUUUAUUAAUAGCCAUGAGCAGUCAUACGAGGAGUUUCUGAAUACAUUCACUUAUCAUUUGAAAGAGGAAGAGGGGAAGACAAUUCCAGGAAGUAAAGUGGACUCCUUAAGCAAAACAUUUUCUGCUUCUGAAUUAUCAUGCAGAACUAAACACGAUGGUUCACCUGGAAGAAGUAAAGAAGCGUGGGUGUCUCUACCACUGCAGAUGCCAAAUGAGAACAAGCCAGUGAGGAAUGAGAACUGGAAAGCUGGUGGCUCUGAUGGAAAUUAUCUCAGUCUGUCUGAAAGAGUGAAGGUGGACAAGUGCUUAGAUUUGGAAGACCCAGACACAGAUGAAGAGACAUACAGUGGGUCAUUAGUUCUCCCAGGAGAGGUGGAACAGAUAGUGACUCCUUGUACACCCUUUUUGGAUAAGCCUGUUCAACUGAAGUCCAGAACCUUGUCAGUUCCACAGCCAUUGGACAGCAAAUCCCAAGAGCUACUGGGGGAUGAUGUCCAACCGUUCUCACUUGAUGAAGAAUUUGAUUAUGACAAUGUGUCACUGACCCCUAAGUUCUCUGAAGCUGAGCUGAAGGCCAUUAUAGAAUUGUCUGAAGAGAAGAAAACGGGGACAGAUGUCAAGUCAGCAUGAGGUGAAGACUGAGUCCAAGGCAUUCAGUGCACUGCUGUUGAAAUGGCAUUUUUAGGGGGUAAAUCCUGCACUUGUUCUACUCUUAUUUGGUGUUUUUGUCUGUAAAUGGUGUACUUGAGACUUUUUGUUUAUUCUGCCAAGGUGCCUUGGAGCUUGAGGAGAUGCCUGGACCUCCUCCUCCUCAUCUGACUGAAAACACAGAAUAGGAAGAUGGUGCUUGCCCAGCGUUGCCUGGAUAAGUAGCCCUUCAGGCAGUGAGGAAGUGUUUCCAUCCUUUUCAUAUGUCUGUACACCGAUGUGUUUAGGUGUUCAGGAGGGCCAAGGAUGCCUGUAUUUGGCCCUAAACCCAAUGGGACUUUUUGGUCUAUUGAUGACUUUUAAUAUGUUUAGACCCCAGCUGCUUUGUGCUUUUCCAGGUGGUACAAAGCAGUUGGAAGGAUGUCUCAAGUGACAACCACUUUUGUAGAGAAAUCCUUAAACAGGGUGAGCCCUGUAUUGGCUCAGGCCUUUUACCUCCUUCUUUCAGUAAUGCAAAAAGGAGCUUCUUGCAGCUGACAGAUCAGCCUGUAAACUCUUUUCCUAUCAUUAUAAGACUUAAAUAUACAGAGUUAUCUGAGGGAAUAAGUUGGGGAAUAUUGUUUUGGUUUUUUUUCUCUAUGUUUUGAAUUACUUCAAUUCUGCAGAGAAGUAAAUAUUCCUGUACCCAGUAAACUUUUUGAGUUGAUCAAAAUUGAUGCUGUGAGGCUCCUAACAAUUAGAACAUGAACUGCUGCAAAAAGCCUUCCACACAGAGGAAAAAACAGGGAUCUCAUCCAUUAAAGGAAGUGGCAUUGAAAGACUGUCAGAUUUUAUGGUUUUUACAGGUGAUUGUAAGUACCAGCGUCUGGCUUAACGCUCAGUGCCACUGAAGUGUGGCAAACCAGAGUUGGGUGAAGAGGAGUGUGUGCACCUCUGACACAAGGCAGCAUGUGCCCUUGCUAGGAGGUGUUUACAAUUCCCUUCUUUUUUUUCCAGCUCACUGUAGAAGCAUUGGUAAUGAGGCUUGGUUUAACUUCACAGCACUGAAUUGUACUAUUGGUCAUUUUCUGGUAUGACUGCAUGAGCUAAAGUUUAUUGACCCAACAUUUCGUCCUUGGCCUGUCUCCAUUAUUUCUGAAGUGGGUGAUUAACGUGAUGGAUAUGGGAAGAGUGCCUGAGCAAACAGACCAGAGACCCAACCACAGGUUGUUUAAAAAGCCUCUGGAUAGAAUCCCUGUGGGCAGUUGGAUGCUUCAUUUGCAGCAAUUUCUAAAAGCAAAGAAAGGAUCUUUGAUGCUCCAAAGGAAAUUUUCUGGAUCAGUGAUUUUGUAGACCAGAAUUACACACCACUGAAAUCUGAAUUGUUUUCAGGAAUGGUGUUUACCUUGAUUAGGAUUUUAAGAGUGAGAUUAACCAAAGCCAGAAAAGGAGAUGUUCUCAGACAACAUGUUUAAGGAGAAUUAAAACAAACUGCAAGUAUGUUGUGUACAAAAACUGGUCUCUACAGGACCUUGCUGGUAGAAGGUAAUGAGAAAUUAUUUUUAAGAUCUACACUCAAAAGGAUGCCUGUGCUGUAGUUAAACCAGUUUUUGAUGCUUUGGGCUGUAUAGCAGAUUCUCCUGUUGUUUAGAAAACAUCUAUUUUAUUUUCUUAAAAUGUAAAUUCAUUGAAAUUUAAUGAAGUGUUUUAUUGAACUCAAGAUAUUUGGAAUUAAAUGCUUCAGAUCCAGCUGGAAACAUUAAUCUAAAAAUUCCUGAGCAGAUCUAAUUAUUAAUUCAUCAUCUUCAGGAAGACACAGAUAAUGUGUAUAAAUGGGAAGAAUAAGAAGUAAGUUCUGAAAGAGCUUCAUGAGCAAAUCUGGGAGAAAGAAAUUGAGAACUGCUGUACAAAGAUGUCAAGAUCAGCCUUUAAAAGCCUGAACAGAAAAAAAAGGGAGACAGCCUCAUUAACAUAUAUAUGUACAGCAAAAAGAAAGUGAGGAGUCUUCAGUUAAAGAGACCUUUGCUCUCCUGCAGACAAAGAAUCAACCAUAAUUAAAGGUGAACUUUUGUGGGUUUAUGGAAUGGUGAAUUUGGCACUUUUUUGGUGUGUUUUUUUUUAGAAAGGUAUGAGACACACAAACUAUAGAUAGUCCUCUUGGAAUCCUAUUGCCAGUGGUGUCACCGACAAGGCUUGUCAAGGGGUUCAUAAUGAUCUUAAGGCCAGAUUAGCUUUGGAAUCUCUUAAGUGCCUCUUCAUUUCAUAAUGAGUUUUUCCCUGUACCCUGGGGAUCCUUUGAGCCGUUCAGUCCCUUCUCUCACAGGAGGGUGAUUCUCUCACCAAAUGUUCAGGGUACCCAUUGUCCUCCAGAAGUGUUGUUUUGUGGAGCCAACAGAUGGUUUCCUUUGGUAGAGAGGAGGCAUUUUGCUGUGGAAUGCCUCCAAAAAUUGGCACUCUGCAGUGCCAUCCUCCUUUCACAGAGAGACGGGGAUAAUUCACUGACAUUUACACCACUCAUGAGUUACAUUUUUGCUCUUUGUUAGCAGAGAUGAGUAUCACAAUGGAGAUUAGGCCAUGUAGGCUGCAUUUUCUGCACAUGACGUGUUAUUGGCCUGUCCCUGUGGUUGGUUUUGGCAUAUAUGUUUCCUGUGAAUAUCUUUCACAGAGGAGGCAUAUUUUCCUCUUCUCGAUUACCGGGUUGUCAUUUUUAAGAACAUACUUUAUGUGCAUGUUAAAUUUUAUACAUGUACAUGGAGUUAGUUACCUGGAAUUGUUUCAGUGUUUGCAAGGUGGUUUGAAGCCUGAGUAAUACAUCUCUUUUCCUCUUGUAGCUUGCAUUCUCUUUAAUGUUUUCAUCAGGGAUUGGUGAAGGCCAUUCUCCUUUUCUGUUUAUGGUCUUUUCUAAACAUUUUUCCUGUUUUCCAAAAGAAUUAAAGACAAAGCUCAUGCAUGGAACAGGAAACUUCAAGUGCUGCUUGGAAUUGACUUGGGAUUGCUGCAGGAGGGAGUAUGCUUUUCUCUCUGCCAUGCUGACAAGGAUCUUGGACUGCAGACUCCCUGAUGUUGGGUGAAGCCAUUGGAAGUGAAGGCUGUUUAAUGCAGCUCUCUAAUCUCUCUUUAUUCAUGACUUUCUUGAUGUCCAAGUGCAAUGGAAACAUGCAUCCAUGCCAGUCCCUGAGCUUGCCAGUAUUAAAGUUGUUGCUUACGUGGGUGUUACCAGAAGGAAACUGACUUUCUUUCCACAGUCUUGAUGGAUCCUGAGUUAGGGGAAGAACUUCUUGAGUUUUAUGGGAAGGAUAGUUCUUCUGGAGCAGGGGUCUCAAGGGUUGUUUCCUUGGCUCGCUAUGCUGCAGGGUCAGUUAUUAUUAAUGCUCAGAGUUACUCCUUGUGGGUGUAAAAGGAAGAGUAAUUAUUUGCUGAGGUAAUGGUUGUGAAAGAACAGGAUAAAAAUUGAGGAAAUGAAAAGGGAUGCUGACAACUCUGACUCAGACAUUGUUACAGUUCUAAAUACAUUUCUAUUAAUGCACAAAGGUAUCAUUAUGUACACUUGUAUACACACUGUGCUACUCAAAGAAAGUAAUUUUAGUAUAGAGAGUACUCACCAGAUAAUUCAGAAGCUUUUGAAGAAGAUGGCAUGGAAACAAAUCCAUGCUCUUACGGAAGAGACCCUUUGAUCCUCUGGCCUUGAUUUUCUGCUGCUAUGAACUGGCAGAACUCCACUGAGGCCAUUUGUAUUCAUACAGAGCAGACAUGACCCUGGUAUUUAUUGCCUUAGCUGAAAGAAUAUGGAGCCAAAUCAAUUCUUGCUUUAACUUCACUGAAUAUAUAGCUAUGUAUAUGACCCAUUACUGUUAAGAGAAAUAUUUAAAUACAGAACCAAUGCAAAUGAAAUGUAUAAACUAAAUCUUGAACUGUUCAGUUGCUAAUUUUACAUAGGUCAUUUUGGUGUUUCUGUGAGUGGUGUUUGCUUAGAACGUUGCUUUUUGCUUUAACAAAAACAUCACAUACAUUUUCAGGUCCUAUUCAAGUCAAGAAACUUGAUUACAUACAUAACUGCUAAAGUUUCCCAUCUCCUUUAAUGUUUAUUUUUUUCCCUCUGCAUCUUGUCAGGGAUUGGAGGUGGACUUUACUUUAUCUGCACAUAGUUUUGAAAAGAUCUGAUACCCAUAUGAAAACACAGACCUUCUUAAAAGGUGGAUUCUAUCAGUUAGUGAUGCAAUGCUAAAUGCAGAAACAAAACCAGGGCAAAAUUUGUAGUUAUUCAGCAACUUCAUGUAUGUCGUGGUCUGGCUAAGAAGCCACUUGGUAUUCAUGUGUCUGCUCAAGUAUCAGACUGCUUUGUAUCCUGUUGUCCUCUGCCUUCAGUUUGACUUGGGGCUCUAAGCAGUUGCUUGGUCCUACCUGGUUAUAAAUUCUUACAGCCCUGCAAAGACAAUUCAGUGACACUGGCCAGAGGAGCUGACCCAGCAGUCUGUCACUGGGGCUUCAGGCACACUCCAGCCUGCUGAAUCAUUUAGCUGACUGUGGCUGUUCACCUGUGUGUGGCAGAGGUUUGUGUUUAAGCCGUUGCAAAUGUGACAGGCCCGAGGAACUGAUGACUGUGGGGUUGUGGCCCAGACCCGUUGGACUUUAUUCCCUUCCUAGGGUCAUGCUGAGCUGCAGUACCCCUUGGUGAGGUGAGGCCAUGCUGAGGGCUUUGGGAGGAGGGCUGCAUUCCCACCCUGGGAGCUUUCUUGUGGUGAGGUGGCAGUUAGUGCAGGUGGCAUGAGAUUCUUUCCCUGAGGGGCCACAGCCUUUGCAGGUCUUGGGCACACGGAGCUCUCUCAGGUGCAAAAUGUCUGGCCAUCCCUUGGGAAAACAAGACAGACAGUUUUCUCUGAGGUGGUGUUACGCAGUAGAACAUCUCCAAAGGUGAAGAUUUUGGUUAAAUUUGUGACUGCUGGCUGUUGAAGAUGGCACCUUGUGUUUUCCUGACAAGGUACUGUGAGCUGACAUUGCAGUGCACGAGGGGUGAAAUGUCACAGAGUGGGACUGGAGAUAGUUUUAGCACUUGUUUAUGACAAGUUUGCCAGAAGAAAAGCAAGCGUUUAAAGGUACUGUCAUUUUCAUAGACAGGCUGCUUCAUUUGCAGUUGCAGUGCCCCACAGUUAAAAAUGGAAAUCAAUUUUAAUGCCUUAUGAAAAUGCAGAAAUAUUUGACUCAUUUACAGCACGUCCAAAAGGGACGGAUAAUAAAGUUCCCCUGAUUAACAGCCCGGGAUUUUAUAUGCUCUGUGGUGUCUUAUUCAGUACAUCUAUCGGCAUAAAUGGUUCGAAAUAAAAACCAAAGAUAAGAGUUGAACAAAAUCCCUAAAUCUAACCAUGCUGAAUUGCAGGUAGUAGGAACUCUCUCUAUAUACUCAAAGCCCUCUUUGAUCUGAAUUUUCCAUAAGUUUUGGGAAGUAGAUUCUCUACUUUAAAAAUCCCUAACCAAACAUUUCUCAAGAAACCAUUUAGUACCCAGCUGGAUGGCAAACCCCAAAGCAUUCAGGGACCCAUGGAACAUAACUAUUGAAAUAACUGCACUCUACUUAAUGGACACAAGAACUCUAAAGAUAGUGGAAUUACAUGGAAAAUUACAUUUUUCUUGAGAGUGAACCAUACUAAAAUAUUCUAUCGACUGAAUACAAUCCUUGAGAACCUUUGAAUGCCCAACUGAAAAAUUAGCGUAAUCUUUUUGUAAUUCACGUGGAUUUACAACACAGUUAUCUCUCGAACCAUUAAAAUGAGAUUAAAAAUUGUGUGGGAUUCUUCAGCAUAUUUUGUGGCAGUGCCAACACCAUAAAUGAAGGCUUUGGCCUCAUUCUAUCGCGUGUUACAGCAGGGUUUGUUCUUUUGUGGCUCUUGUGGUUGAGGACUCUGGUGGCACUGUUUCUGGAGUGCAGGUGUGUUCUUCUGUCAAAUAAGCCUUAAGUUUCAUACAUUUUCUUGAAUCUGUCUGCUUUUCUGGCCAUAUGUAUUAAAUCUUGCAAUGUGCAUUACGAUAUGCAUAAUUCCUAGAGGCAGUUGUCGUUUAUUAUGUUGCUUAUGGUCCUCAGAAUAACUUAAGCGGAGGACGGAUUCUACUGAUUACUUGUUUUUGUUGAUUCUGCCUGUUACAUUAGCUGCAGAUUGCACAUUUGUUCUUUGAGAGAGGAUUGUUGCAAUGCAUUUUUUCUCAUCCUCUUUUCCUUAUUUUUAUUUUUGCCUUU